CCCCGGAAGUACGGGGGCCGACAGGAAGACAAAGAAAAAAGAGAAGGCGCGGUCCCGCUCUUGCUACGGUGGCCUAGAGGAGUGGCGAAACCGGAACAAGAAAAUUUAUCACUUCUGGGACUCACAGUCGUGAUGUCUUUCAAGAGGGAAGGAGACGAUUGGAGUCAACUCAAUGUGCUCAAAGUAAGCGUGAGCGGAGAGGAUCUGCAGCCUCUUCAGUCGCUCUCUGAAGAAAAGAAGAGUCGGGGACCUCCUCGCCAGUUACAUCCCAGAGGAUGAGGCGCUGAUGCUUCGGGAUGGACGCUUUGCUUGUGCCAUCUGCCCCCAUCGACCGGUACUGGACACCCUGGCCAUGCUGACUGCCCACCGUGCAGGCAAGAAACAUCUGUCCAGCUUGCAGCUUUUCUAUGGCAAGAAGCAGCCGGGAAAGGAAAGGAAGCAGAAUCCAAGACAUCAGAAUGAAUUGAGGAGGGAAGAAACCAAAGCUGAGGCUCCUCUGCUAACCCAGACACGACUUAUCACCCAGAGUGCUCUGCACAGAGCUCCCCACUAUAACAGUUGCUGCCGCCGGAAGUACAGACCAGAAGCCCCUGGUCCCUCUGUCUCCCUUUCCCCUGUGCCACCCUCAGAGGUCGAACUCCAAAGCGGGAAGAUCAGUAGGGAACCUGAACCUGGGGCUGGCCCACAGGCCGAGGAGUCAGCAACUGUCUCAGCCCCUGCACCCAUGAGCCCCACAAGAAGACGAGCCCUGGACCAUUAUCUCACCCUUCGAAGCUCAGGAUGGAUCCCAGAUGGACGAGGUCGAUGGGUAAAAGAUGAAAAUGUUGAGUUUGACUCUGAUGAGGAGGAACCACCUGAUCUCCCCUUGGACUGACACCCUUUUCCCAUUCAUUCACAAAUACACUGCAAUGGGUGCUGAGAACUUAA